GAGCGAGACAGAGAAAGAGAGCGAGAAAGAGACAGAGCUCAUGAAGCAACAGAGUCUUUCCAGAGGAGGAGUGAAGGAAGAAGAAAACGACCCAAAGCAGAAGGAGAUGAUGAACUAGCCUAUAUUAAUACAACAGGCAGAGAGCACAAAAACACAGCAGGAGUCCUUUGUAAGUGGAGAUAAACAGUGUUGCUAUUGCACAACCGCUGCCUUUUCCACUGGCACCAAGAGACGACAACAGCUACUACAAACUGGGAGAGAACCAAGAAUAAAAGGAGAGAGUAAGAGUGGAGAGAGAGACAGUGGAAAGCAAACCAAUGACAGCUGGAGAAAGCUCACUUCGAGUCUGAUUUGUUUCCUUUCUGAAACCCAGAACAGACUGUACAGAGGACAGCAGUGCAGCGGGUGGGGUUUUGGUCAUCUCUUGGCUUCGAUGCUAAUCGCUACUUGAGGACUUCUCUGCUAACCCUAAUCCUGAAAAGACCGCUGGGUCGAGGAGGCGAGGUCACUACCUCUGUUUCACUGCUGGCUCCAACUCACCCAGCAACACACAGGGAACUCGCUCUCCACACUCACUCAGUUUUAUCCCUUUAUUUGUGGCUUCAGCAAAGUGGUCACAUCACACAACCUGCACCCAGAUACUACAGAGUUGCACCCCCAGUGUGAGGGACAUGAUGGAUGCCAGGGAGGAGAUGCUGACCCUGCUACAGAAGCUCUGGGCCAAACUGCAGGGUCUCCCCACCGCCAGCCCUCUGGAGAUGGGGGCCUUCGCUGUCCUCGUCCUCUUUAUCGGCUGUGAGCUGAAUGACACCCAGAGAAAUGCAGUGUUUGAAAUAGCGGAGGAUUUGUUGGAGCAUCAGUUCUUUAUCCGAACGAUGUGUCUGAGUGCAGAGGCCAGUAAGGAGAUGCAUGUGGUGGAGGUACAGGACAGAGUUGGGGAAUGCUGCAAGCCAGUGCCCAUUGCCACACUUCACCCUAUGUGCCAACCUAUGGUCAGUUUCAGUGGGUUUGAGCUCAAGCCACCUGUCCUCUUCAACCUUCGCUCUGGGCAGGGCCCCCUCUUCAUUUCUGGACAGCAUUUGACAUUGGUCUAUGAGGAGGAGGAGGAGGAGAAGGAGGAGGAGGAGAAGAAGGAGGAGAAGAAGGUCUUCUAAUCAACACCCCCACUUGAUCACAGUGGUCUUCAAUAACAUGAUCCAAUUUGAAGGACUUCAAUAAAACACAGCACAAAAAGUAGAA